UAUAAACCGUCGUCUCCUUUCUAAUUCAUUUCAUCACAUUUCACCCUACAAAAUGUCGUCGACAGCCGAAUCUUCCGCCGCCGUGAACGGCGACAAACCACCGCAUAAGAAGAUGACGACACAGUCUCCGGAGAUCUCGAUUUUGUCUCUUCCUUACGAUUUGCUACUGAAUUGCCUAGCGCGCGUCUCUAGAUUGUACUACCCAACUCUCUCCCUCGUCUCCAAAAAGUUCCGAUCCGUCGUUGCCUCGCCGGAUCUUUACGAGGCUCGCUCCCUCUUACACCGCACAGAGAGUUGCCUCUAUCUGUGCUUACGCUAUGAUCGCGAUUACCCUCGUAAUCUUGACACGUAUUGGUUCGUUCUCUGCCGUAAACCAAACCGAACCGUAACCGACCGGUCAAGCGGCCAUCUAUUCAUCCCAGUCCCAUCUCCCCAACUGCGUCCUGCACGAUCUAUGAGUCUCGUAGCCGUUGGGUCUAACAUCUACAGGAUCGGCGGGGACAUGCCCUCUUCUUCGAGAGUCUCGGUCCUUGAUUGUCGAUUCAACACGUGGCACAGGGCUCCAAGGAUGCGAUUGAAGCGGAGCUCCCCUGCUGCGAGCUUAAUCGAUGGGAAGAUAUACGUAGCAGGAGGGUGUGAAGACCCCAGUUCCGUGAAUUGGAUUGAAGUAUUUGAUCCAAAGACCCGAACUUGGGGAAAUGUGGCGAACCCUGGCACGGAGACACGCCCAGGAGCUUCAGUUAGAAGCUUUGGAAUUGGAGGAAAAUUGUACAUCCGUGGUAAUGAGAAUGUGGUUUACGAUCCCAAGGAAGCUAGUUGGAACCCGAUAGGAUUGGGAAUCGAUAUGGCGUUUGCGGCAUCCUUUAAUCACUGCGUGAUAGGAGACGUCAUGUUCCUUUGGGACGACGACAGAGAGUUUAGAUGGUAUGACUCCAAGGCAAGUUCAUGGAAAAAGUUAAAUGGUGUUGAAGAUCUGCCUAAUUUUUAUGGGUAUUGUAAAAUGGUGGAUCAUGGUGGGAAGAAGAUGGCUUUGUUGUGGGAAGGUUAUUUGCGUUCGGAGUUCGUGGUUUGGUGUGCUGAGAUUGCGCUAGAGAUGCGCGAUGGAGAUGAGAUGUGGGGGAUUGUCGAGUGGUUAGAUGUCGUGCUUUCACUCAACGAGCCGUUUCGCUUGUUCGAUGCAAAUGUUCUUUCUGCUACGGUUUGAUGAAAUUACUACAGGUGAGAGAAGUGAGAACAGGUUUUAACGUUUGAUGGGAGAAUCACUCACUGGUGUCGGUAGUCUCGUUUUGUUUUUUUGUACAUUUGUGUUCUUUAGGUGUCUCCCUUCCGCUGACAUGCGACUCUAAUGAAUGGUUGUUUCAUGUUUUUAGCAGAAUAUGAUUUGCAUUCGUUCACAUAUAAUGUGUUGAUGAUGA